UGUCCCUCGGACAGAGCGGAUCACCGAUCAACGGAAAGAGCCGAAGAUGUCGGCUCGGUCAUGUGAUCAGCUGUGGCACUGAUGAUCAGUGUGCCCUGAUGAUCUGUGUAGCCCCAGCAGUGCCACCUGUCAGAGUCCAUCAGUGCCAGCUGUCAGUGCUCAUCCAUGCCACCUGCCAGUGCCCAUCAUUUCCACAUCAAUGCCACUUUUAAGUGCCUACCAGUGCACAUCAAUGCCACAUAUCAGUGCCCAUCUGAGCUGCCUUUCAGUGUCACCCAUCAGUGCCAGUCAGUGCCACCUAUCAGUGCUGCCAGUCAGUGCCGCCUAUCAGUGCCAGUCAGU